AUGGCCGGAACCUCCUCGGCCACAAACUCCUCCUUCUCUCCCGUACCUCCGAUCAACCCCAUUGACGACACCCUCUUCACUCCAAUCCAACAACGCCCCCCAAUGCCCCAUGCGCCGCCCACCCCUUCCCCAGAUGCGUUUAACCUCGCCGGCGCCUCCGAUCCAAUCUCCGCUGCAACCGGCGCCGCCGCUGCCGAUCCCAUGGACGGAUACAUACCACUGCCAUACCCCUACUUUCCCCCACCCACAUCCCACCCCAUUCUUGCCAUCAACAUCUCCACCUACAUCUCCUACAAAGUCAACACCGCCGGCGCCAACUAUUCCAAAUGGCGUCAGACCAUCACCUCCCUCCUCACCAUGUACAAAGUUGUUGACCACAUCACCGAAAGGGCGGCUCCGGCGUCUCCCGACGACACCUGGGAGGCCGUCGAUCUCCACAUAUCCUUGUGGUUUCUGGUGACCCUGAGCGACGAUCUUCACCGCCUGGUGCAGGGCUCCGAUGGCCGGGCCUGCACCACCUGGAUGCGUCUCCGCCGCCUCUUCCUCGACAGGGGCAUAUCGCGCUACCUCUACUUCAGCAAGGCCUUCCACAAUUGUCCGCGCGGCGAUCUCUCCAUCACAGACUACGCCAGCAAACUGCAGGGCCUCGCUGAUGAUCUUGCUGCGAUUGGUUGUCCCGUCUCCGACACCGACCUCACUGGCGCAUUCAUCGACGGCCUCGGCAAGCGCUUCAAACUCCAGGGCGAACUCCUCAAGAACGCCGAUCCGCUCCCCUCCUUCGCCGUCGCCUGCGCCCGUCUUCAGCAUUCCGAGCUCGACGACGACACCGAACAGCUCCAGCACGCCUCUCAGGCCGUCGCAGGACUGCCGCGCAAGCUGGUCGCCGGCCGGGCCAUCGUUCUUGAAGCAGGCGGCCAGCCGCAGCUCCUACACUUCUACGCGGACGGCACAACAUCGACGAGCUACAAGAGAAUCAAGCAGCUCCUGGCUCCUGCAACUAUGUCUGAACCUGAAGAAAGUACUAAAGAUGAUAAGAUUGUGCAUAUUGAAGAUGACAAAGAUGGAGAAAAUAAAGAAGAUACUGGAAAGAAGGAAGCGAGAAGGCAAAUGGCACCAAGAUCAGAAGUGUGGCAGCAUUUCACCAAGAACCUGAAUGAGAUGAAAAUUCUUGUAUCAGGCACAUGCAAAUAUUGCAACCGUAGUAUCAAGGCCAAUUCUAAAUCGAAUGGCACAUCUGCAAUGAGUAGGCACUUGACUACUUGCAAAUAUAAUCCUCAUAAGAAUUCCAAAGAUAUCUCUCAAAAUACUUUGCAAAUGACUGUUGACGGCCCUGGUAUCUCGAAGUUUGAUCCUGAAGAACUAAGGGAUGCUUUUGUUCAAAUGGUGAUAGAAGAUGAGCAACCUUUUUCAAUGGGUGAGAAAUGGUUACAUGGUAAUUUCAUUGAUGAUGAGUGGAAUCUACAUAAGAAGAUUAUAAGCUUUUUCAAGGUGAAAGGCCACAGAGGAGAAGACAUAGAAAAGAAUUUGCAGCGUGUCAUGAAUGAAUGGGGUAUGCAGAAAGUAAUGACAGUGACAGUUGACAAUGCAAGCUCUAAUGAUAAUGGUAUCAAUUACUUGAGAAAGCAAAUGGUAAACGCAAAAACCUGCAUAGCAGAUGGCAAGUACCUCCACAUGAGAUGUGCUGCACACAUCGUGAACCUUAUUGUUUCAGAUGGCCUUAAGGAAGUGGACCUCUCUGUGCAGCGUGUGCGGGCUGCUGUGCGGUACAUCAGAAAUGGCACAACUAGGUUGGAUAAGUUUAAGGAUAUUGUAGAUGAAGAGAAGAUAGAUAGUGAUUCUUUCUUGAGCAUAGACAUAUGCACUAGGUGGAACUCCACAUACCUUAUGUUAAAAUCUGCACUCGUUUAUGAGAAGGUGUUCCUAAAGCUUGCCGAAGAAGAUGCUACCUAUGUGGUUGACUUGGCUGCUAAUGGGGCGGUUGGGCAUCCCGAUGAAGAUGAUUGGCAUAAGGUGAGGAGUAUUGCAGAAUUCUUGAAGCAUUUUCAUGAUCUGACUGUGCGUAUGUCAUCGUCUCUCCAUGUUACUGCUAAUUCUUUCUUUGUUGAGAUUGGAGAAGUCCAUAUCUUGGUCAAAAAGUGGUUGGAUAGUGAAGAUGAUUUACAGAAGAAAAUGGGCAAGAGAAUGAAAGAGAAAUAUAACAAGUAUUGGGGGCUAUGGCAUGAAAACGCUAAGCAACAUGAGAAGGAGAAAGAUAAGGGGAAAGGGAAGGAAAAGGAGAAAGAGAACAUUAACUUGCUCAUAUUUGUUGCUGCUGUUGUUGACCCAAGAUACAAGCUAACUGAGUACUUGGAGCUUGUGAUUGAGGAGAUAUUUGGUGAGGAGAAUGGACAGAAAGUAUGGACUGCUGUUAAUAAAUGUUUACGUGAAUUAUUUGAGGAGUAUACGAGACUUUAUGCUCCUCCAAGUGAUGCCACACCGGAAACUAGUAAUUCCCAGCAAAAUAAAGAUGGUGCUAGUGUUGGAGGUGGUUUGAUGAAGGAACAGAUUGCUAAAAGGGUGAAGUUGAAUAAUGGGGGGAGUAGUAGAAUUAGGAGUCACAAAUCUGAACUUGACAAAUAUCUUGCUAAAGAUUGUGAAGAUCCUGACCAAAAACUUGAUGUGCCUGCUUGGUGGAAGCUUAAUGCUAGCAGAUUUCCAAUAGUAGCACGCUUGGCCCGCAAUGUUCUAGCCAUUCCUAUCUCUACAGUAGCUUCAGAAUCGGCAUUCAGCACAGGUGGACGUAUCCUAGACGAUUUUAGAACCUCUCUUACUCCUUUCAUGUUGGAAUCACUUGUUUGUACACAAGAUUGGCUUCGACGGACCACUCCUAUUAAUGUUGAAGAGAACUAUGAGGAAUUAGUUAACUUGGAGAAAGAGUUGGUUGAAGAGUAUGGCAAUGGAAAAGGCAAAGGCAAAGCUAAAAAGAAGGAAAAAGAAAAGGAGAAAGCUUCUCAACAAGCUACAACAUGACCACCACCAAGAAGGCAACAACAGCCCAUGGAAGUGAUGAGAGGAAGCUUCUGUAGUUCUGGGCACAUCUUUUGGAGGCCAUUGAUUUUGUAGUUCUGGGAACAUCUUUCUUGGCCAAUUGCUAUUUUAUUUUAUCAUUGUGUGACUUUGUGGUCGUCACAUGUAAUGUGGGUUUGUCAGUUUUUGAUUUGAGACUAGUGAUUUAUAAGUUCUGAAUAUGAGUGUGACCUCUUCCCGUCAGUGUUUUUUUUGGCUGGUUUGCCAAUUUUUUGUAUAUCUUGCAUGA